AUGACGCAAAUCACGAUCCAUGAGCCGGCACAAGCUUGGCAAGAUGUCGUAUCUAAGAAGAGGCAGCUCCAAGCUGAAGCUAUCUCAGCAUCCAUUGGAGGCUCGACAGGUGGUCCGAAAGAGCUUGAGAUUACGACUAUAGCCGAAGCCUCCCAACUGGUCUCAAAAAUCUCGCGUGGUGAGGUGACGAGCGAAGACAUCGUGAAGGCAUACAUUCGGAAUUUGACGGAAAUCGUGUUUGAUGAUGCCCUCAAACGGGCUAAGGAAUUGGAUGCCUACUUCACCGAGCACGGAAAGACCAUUGGGCCCUUGCAUGGUGUGCCAGUCACUCUCAAAGACCAAUUCAAUGUCAAAGGAUAUGACACAACUCUGGGCUACGUUGGGCGGUCCUUCAAACCUGCUGUAGACGAUGCAGUUGUCGUAAAGAUGCUUCAAUCUCUGGGCGCUGUCGUCAUUGCUAAAACAAAUCUGCCACAGAGUAUCAUGUGGUGUGAGACCGACAACCCUCUUUGGGGCCUGACCACAACCCCCGGGAGCAAGGAUUAUACUCCGGGCGGAUCAACCGGCGGCGAGGCAGCCUUGCUUGCUUCCGAUGCAACUAUGCUGGGUUGGGGGACUGAUAUUGGAGGGAGCAUUCGUAUUCCGUCCCACAUGAUGGGAACGUACGGCUUCAAGCCAAGUGUGAGUUUCAUCAAUGGCAAUCUCGGAACUGGCUUGUCUCCAGUCUUCGCGCGAGAAAUGAGACCCAUGGCUCGCAGCCUGUCUACAAUCCGCCUCGCCAUGGAGCAGCUAAUCAACGCUAAGCCCUGGGAGCUGGACGCUCGCUGUGCACCGGUUCCAUGGAGAGACGAAUUGUAUCAGGAGACGUCUUCUGGGCCUUUGACUAUUGGGGUCCUCUACGAUGACAAUGUUGUUCGGCCCCACCCGCCAUUGACGCGGGUUCUCCGUUCUGCGGUAGAGCGCCUGCAAGCAGCGGGCCACGAGGUCUUGGAAUGGAAUGCAAACUUGCACGAAGACUGCAUCAGAAUAAUGGACCUUUUCUACACGGUUGACGGCGGCGAAGAUAUUCGCAAAGACGUCUUGGCUGGUGGAGAGCCCUUCAUCCCUCACGUCGAGAAGCUACUCAACCGCGGAAAGCCAAUUUCGGUGUACGACUACUGGCAACUAAACAGACGCAAAUGGGAGUUGCAGCAAGCAUACCUAGAAAAGUGGCAAUCCAUCCGCUCGCCCAAGACUGGUCGCAUGGUUGAUAUCCUACUGCUGCCACCUAUGCCUCAUACAUCUGUGCCGCAUGGAGGUUGUAGAUGGGUGGGAUACACCAAGGUUUGGAAUUUCCUCGAUUACCCUGCCUUGGUCAUUCCUGGAGGCCAAGUGAGUGAGGAAGACCUCAAUCAGCCGUGGGCAGAGGAAGUAAGGGGAGUUGAGGACGAGUGGAAUAGGAAGUUGUGGGAGGAUAACAAGGAGACCAUGGCAUCUCUUGCUUUGCCUGUGGGACUUCAGAUUGUUGGUCGCAAGCUGGAGGAGGAAAUGGUGCUUGCCGCCGGGAAGAUCAUUGAUGACAUCCUCAAGGUUGAGAGCUAG